UGGUGGUGCUACGUAAGCCACGGGUCCCCACUCGCUCCGUAACAUCACCAAAAGCGGCAGACUCCUCCUCCUCCUCCCCCCCGUCCGUCCGCGUUGCUACUCCAGCAGAGAGCCGCCAAGGGGGUAGGAGCCGGGGUCGUCUCCUCCACACGCCACCAACACAGCAACGCGGGAGGAUACACAGCCCAAACAGGAGCCGGUGACAAGGCAUGCAAAGUUGCGAAGAGUCCUCAGAGAGCGUUGAUGAGCCUCACAGUAAAGGCCCCCGGGGGAGCGAGGAACCGCACGUCAUUGUGAUUGGCGGCGGCCUUGCUGGACUCGCCGCCGCCAGCAGACUACUUGAACGUGGCUUUCGCCAUGUGGUCAUUCUCGAGGCCACCGGCCACCUUGGAGGGCGCGUCCGCAGCAAGGAAUUUUGCCAGACGACGGUGGAGCUCGGAGCAGCCUGGAUCCAUGGGGCGCGUGGGAACCCCGUGUAUCACCUGGCCGAGGAGCACAACCUUCUGGUGGAAACAACGGAGGAGGAGCACAGCCUCGGCCGCAUCAGCCUCUACUCGACGGUGGGCGAGACGUGCUACUUCACGUCAUCCGGCCGUCGCCUGCCUCGCCACUUCGUCGAGGAGUUCCGCGACCUCUAUGACAAGGUGUUUAACUUGACACAGGAGUUUUUCCAAAGGAACAAGCCUCUCGACUCUGAGCACAGCAGCAGCGUGGGCGAGUUCAUCCGUGAAGUCAUGCGCAAGUGCAUCGAGGAGGAGCCGGAUGACUCAAGCCAGACCAAGCGGGUCAAGCUGGCCAUGCUCCAGCAGGCUCUCAAGGUGGAAAGUUGUGAGAGCAGUGCGUCAAGCAUGGAUGACGUGUCUCUUGCCGCGUUUGGGGAGUGGACCGAAAUCCCCGGUGCCCACCACAUCAUCCCCACGGGCUUCACAUCCAUCGUGGACAUCCUUCAGCGAGGCAUACCAAGCUCGUCCAUACGCAUCAGCAAGCCAGUACGCCAAGUUCUCUGGGACUCUACCGAGCACUGCAGUGGCUUUUCCGGCUCUGCCAACCAAAACGGCAGCAGCGACGGCGGUUGCCUAGAAAACGGAAUCGGCGGCGGCGGCGGCGGCGGCGGUGGUGGCAGAAACGGCACAAACGGAGACUCGGAGAAGAAUCCAACGCACAACAUGGAGCCGUGCUGUCGAGUGGCGCGUACCUUCCCCGUGCGCGUCGAGUGCGAGGACGGGGAAUGCUUCCUGGCCGACCACGUCAUCCUCACGGCCUCGCUGGGGGUCCUCAAGGAGCGGCACGGCACCUUGUUCGAUCCUCCGCUGCCCGGCGACAAGGUGGCGGCCAUAGAGAAGCUUGGCAUUGGCACCACCGACAAGAUCUUCCUCGAGUUUGAGGAGCCCUUCUGGGGCCCCGAGUGCAACAGCAUUCAGCUGGUGUGGGAGGAUGAUGUGGGGGAGGAGUCGGAGCAGGACCAGCUGCGUCCCUGGUAUCGCAAGGUUUGCAGCUUCGACGUUCUCUACCCGGCGUCGCGCUACGGACAUGUGCUCGGCGGCUGGGUGUGCGGAGACGAGGCUCUCGAGAUGGAAAAGCUGGACGACGAGACGGUGGCCGAGACAUGCACCGAACUGCUCCGCAAGUUCAUGGGGAACCCAAACAUCGUGAAACCACGCAAGAUCCUCAGGACUUUCUGGGGCAGUGACCCGUACACACGUGGCUCGUACUCUUACACCCGCGUGGGGUCAAACGGAGCGGAUAUUGACACAUUGGCUGAGCCCCUGCCUUAUACAGACAGCACCAAAAUCCAGCCUCUGCAGUUGCUGUUUGCCGGAGAGGCCACUCACCGGAAGUUCUACUCCACGACACAUGGUGCCUUGCUGACUGGCCAGCGUGAAGCAGGCCGCAUAGUUGAGAUGUAUGCUUAUGGCGACGGUUCAGAGGGGAAGGAGAAGAAACUCGAGGAGCUCAUACGCUAUUAGCGAGCGUUAGCAUAGAUGUGUUCGCAUUCUGUUGAGGUGGCAUCUGCUCUUUGACUACAGACCGGUAUUGUGUUGUAGCUUGGUGGCGUGAUUAAUGGAACAAAUAGAUGAGAUACACACGUUGCAUGUGCUUCAAAUAAUUUUCUUCAACCUUUGGUGCUGUGGAUUGGUAUUGUGCAUCAGGCCGAUGAAAAUGGAAGUAUUUAUGGCACCGUUACAUGUCAAAACCACCAUGCUUCUCCACUCAUACGUAUGUAUCUUGUAUGUAUGUUGAAUUUCUUUCGCAACAUACGUAGCCAACCGUGCUAAUCGUAGGUUCGAGGAAAGGACGACAAACUAAACACAAAACGCAGUUCCAUUACAGUAGUCAUAUUAAACUUUCACAAACAUCAGUGUUCAUGACUUGCUGUUUUUUUAGACAAUAUUACAAUGUGUUAUUCUGGUUUUAAUACAUCUCCGUAUUUCUGUAGUCAUAUACCACCAACAGUACCACACUAUUCGGUAUAGAAAAUGCAUCCUCCUAACUGCAGUGGAUUUAUGAAAUAUUACACAGAUCAAUACAUUCAUGAAAAACAAGUUCAUUCGUUUGCUCUCAUAGUCAAUUGCAGGAAAGAAUUAUGAGUCGAAUACAGGAAGCCGCACAACAACUGCAAAUGGCCAAACACUUUCAGUCCUUGUGAAUGUUGAGAAUAACUCUCCACGUGCGGUGUUUGUUGUUGUUGAAGAGACCAGCAGACAAAACAAUUCCAUGAACGUUGUGGUAGUUCGUUUUAUAUUAUCCGAUAUCAAAGAAGAGUGGUUGUAAACCAAAAUGUCGGUUACAGUGUCAUAGAAUGUCCUAAUGAAAUAAUUUGUCGCUGCAUCGUUCACAUUGAUUCAUUUAGCUUUAUUGGACUAAUUAUGCAAACCGCUGCAUGUGUAGCAAUGACAGUAGCGACAAGCCGUGCAGUAAUCACUGUUAUUGUCGAUUUUACACAACCGAAUUUCAUUGUUUUUAAUCUUUGUAUGUGAAUGUGUACACGUGCCACUAAAUCGUUUCGAAAACAGGUGAUUUUAAUACGUGUUAUUUUCACCGUGAUGGAUUUAUAUCACCUUUAGAAUACUGUUUAAAAGUAAAAGAGAGUAGCAAGUGCCUUGUUUGUGCUUUUGCUGAAAUGCGUGAACAAUUGAUUUAACUGGUCAUUUGAUCUUGCUAACGCAUUAAUAAAGUUACAGCAUUA